GGUAAAAUAAUUUGUCAAAAUAGUUUUGGAGAAAGUUCAGUGAAGUGCAUUUAGUGGCCAGAAAAUCCCCAAAUCCCCAGUGAAAAAGGAUGUUCCUGGUGGCUGUAACUGGCGGAAUCGCCACUGGAAAGAGCACAGUGAUUCAGGUGUUCAGGGACAAUGGAAUUCCGGUGAUAGAUGCAGAUAUUAUAGCCCGAUCAGUUGUGGAACCGGGAAAGCCUGCCUGGCAGAAGAUCAAGAUGGUCUUUGGUGAUGGGGUGCUGAAGGAGGGCGGAGAGAUUGACCGGGAAGCACUGGGGCGGUUGAUUUUCAACAGUGCUGAAAAGAGGAAGAUUCUCAAUGAGAUCACCCAUCCAGAGAUUCAUCGGAUUAUGUACAAACAGAUCAUCAAGUACUUCUUCCUGGGGCAUCCGUUUGUGGUGCUGGAUCUGCCAUUGCUCUUCGAGACUGGAGUCAUGCUCCAGUUUAUCCACAAAAUCAUCACAGUCACAUGCGAGGAGGACAUGCAACUGACAAGACUGAUGGACAGGAAUAGAUUCUCCGAGGAGGAUGCCAAGAAGAGAAUUGCAGCUCAGAUGCCACUUCAGCAGAAAUGUGAGAAAUCUCAUUUUGUCAUUGAGAAUUCGGGAUCUAUUCGCGAUACCCAGGCGGAAACCCUCAAAAUCCUGGAGAUGCUGCAGGAGAGCAAUCAUCAUUGGAAACUUCGGGGAAUUCUGCUCACAACAGCGGCCAUUCUAUUCUCAGGCAUUGCCUGGUUUCUUCAUCAUCGAUACAAAAUAUUCACACUGCCCCAGAUUCAGUAGGACAUAAUUGCAAAACUUCCAGGAAUCUGCUCCAGGAAUAUUUCUUAUCUAGGAUGAUGGUGUCUUAUAUUUUUUUUGUUGGUUUUUUUUUUGUCUUCUGGUCCUUGUUGGUUUACUUUUUUUCUGGUCCUGCGACAUUCUUUUAACGUUUCCAGUGUAAAUUUUGUGAUUCCAAUCCCUCUAAAAGUGGAAGCUACAAGUCAUGUAUGAAAUAGAUGAUCUUUUUCUCAAAAACAAA